AUGGACGCGCUGCUGUGGCUGCUCUUGGUCGGCUUGGCAGCGCUGUGCACGCUCCCGGCGCUCGCUGCGCUGCGGGCGCGCACGGUGCUCGCGAAUAGCGAAACAAGGGUAGUUGGAGGAAAAACGCCGUGCCAUACGCUCGAUAUCGGCGCUGUGGCGCUGUACGACCUCGGCGUUCUCCGCGUGGCACGCGUGCCGCACGACACGGACCGGCGUACGUGGGCGACGUACGUAGGCGCACUGGGCCACUGGUGGCACCUUGCAUUUUUCGACACGACUGAGCCACACAGCGCACCGUCCGUCGCAUUGGCGCUCGUCGAGGACCGCUCGCAGCACCCUCACCAUUCCAUUGCGCAGCUACAAGAAGAGCUCGACGCGCUCCGCGCACAGAAAAAAUACGACGACCACACGCGCUAUGCACUGCGCCGCGACCUGCGCGCACUGGACGACGCGACGCUCGCCGCAGAACAUGCCCUCUGCGCCGCACGUACGCGCGCAAAAGAGGCGCGCGAUGCGCACGCGCGUGCGCACGCGCGCCUCGAAGAGCGGCGCGCCGCGCUCCUCGAGGCCCAAGAGCGCGUGCACGCCGUGACGGGCGCGGCGGCGCGGCGUGCCUCUAUCGCAUCCGAAUCGCAUGCACGACACACGAGCACGGCACGUGCCAUGGCUGGACGCGCACGCGAAGUGCGCGAAGAGAUCGCGGCACUGAAACGCACGGCAGCAGCGCUGCAGUCGCGCCCGCCGAGCCCGCCGGCGUGGGACGUGGCGAAUCUCUUGCCGUCGAGCUUGCUCUCGACGCACGACGAGGACAGCGCGGAGCCUGUACCCCGCAAACCGACAGGGCUUGGCAUCGACCCGACACUGAGCGUCCCGCCACUGUGCCACUCGCCACUCUCUUCGGUGUCGUGCACGCCCCCGACGCCGCACGGCUCGCUGGAGGGGAGCGACUAUUUGCACGCCGGCUUCCGGCCACGGCGCCUCAACCCGAAUGCCAAGACAUUUGUCGCGGCACGCCUCGGCGCGCGCGCAAGUCUCGGCGACGUGUCCAUGCCGUAG